GAGAGCUGCGCGCUCCGGAUCCAGCCUUUCAGCUCGACGUCACGGUGCGCUAUAAGGAUAAAGCGCUGGCUGGCUCCAAGCGCAGUCUGCUGGAUACCACAGAGUGGGACAGAGUAAGAGAGGCGAGCCUUUAAAUCUCUGCGGUGCAGAGCUGGAGAAGCUGCUUCUCAGCGAAAAUCAGACGCCCUAUUUACUCCGCUUAUUUGCUCCUAUUAUUUUCCUGGAGAAAAAAAAGGACUUACAACCAAGAAGUCGCAACGAGGACUGGUGCCCGUUUCAGCGACCAGACGUGGUAUUUCCUUUAUUAUUAUUUAUCUUUUUUUUGUGUGUGUGAAUACACUUCUACUGAAGGGACUGAGGUUUUACUUUUGCACUGAGGCGCAUUGCUUUCUACCUCCGCUUGGUCUCUCUGCCAGAUUAUCCCAGCAGAAGUAGGCUAUAUGACGCAAACCGUGUGCAGAGCAUUAGUGUGAAAGUUUUCCUCCACUACUUUUUUUCAUUUUCCUUUUUUUCCACCGCCACACGGUGUUUCAUGCUACAGCAAGUCUGUGCACAGCGGUGGAGGAGCCAAAAGAACUAUUGCAUGAAACAAGAAAGGAGAGAAGACGCGCUGGUUAAUAAGUCAGUUUUUGCAACGCUCGCAAGUACCUUUGCAAAUCUGCAAAAGAGUCGCGACGGCAGCAUGAGUGCCGAGCUGAGCAUGGGCCCGGAGCUACCCAGCAGCCCUCUGGCUCUGGAAUAUGUCAACGAUUUUGACCUGAUGAAGUUUGACGUGAAGAAGGAAGGCCUGGCCGGACUGGAGCGCAACGGGGUCCGCCAGUGUAACCGUCUCCAGCCGCAGGGCUCCGUGUCGUCCACCCCCAUCAGUACACCCUGCAGCUCGGUGCCCUCCUCACCCAGCUUCAGCCCCACAGAGCAGAAAAGCCACCUAGAGGAGAUGUACUGGAUGCCGAACAGCGGGUACCACCAGCAGAUCGACCCGCAGACGCUAAGCCUGACCCCGGAGGACGCAGUGGAGGCCCUGAUCGGAGCCACAGCUCACGGCCACCCUCCGCCUCCGCACGUCCAACAGCAGCUGCAGCAGCAAGGCGCCUUCGAGGGCUACAGGGGCCCGCACCACCACCACAGCCACCACGGCCACGGCCAGCAGCACCAUCACCCGUACGCAGGGGGCAUCCCGCACCACGCCGACGAACUGUCCGGACACCCGGGCGGACACAGCCACCCACACAGCCAGCACCACCACCACCACAGCCAGGACCCCGACAGCCCGUCCCCGGUGUCGCCAGACUCCCACCAGUCGCUCCAUCACCACCGCCACCAUCACCACCACCAUCCGCACGGCCACCUGAGCCAGUCGGGGGGCCACCACGGCUCCGGGGGCGGGCUCAACGUGGAGGACCGCUUCUCCGACGAUCAGCUGGUGUCCAUGUCGGUGAGGGAGCUCAACAGACACCUACGGGGCUUCACCAAGGACGAGGUCAUCCGCCUCAAGCAGAAGCGGAGGACCCUGAAGAACCGGGGCUACGCGCAGUCCUGCAGGUUCAAGCGGGUGCAGCAGAAGCAUGUGCUGGAGAACGAGAAGACGCAGCUGAUUAACCAGGUGGAGCAGCUGAAGGCGGAGAUCAGCCGGCUGGCGAGGGAGCGGGACGCCUACAAACUCAAGUGUGAGAAACUGACGGGGUCAGGGCCCAAUAACGGCUUCCGCGAGGCUGGCUCCACCAGUGACAACCCUUCAUCUCCAGAGUUUUUCAUGUGAGUCUUCAUCGCCUUUUCUUGUGACCCCCCCUCACAACAAACCCCCACCUUUUCCUUUCUCCACAAAUGACUGACUGGCUGAUGAACAAAAACCUCCAUACUGUUUAUGAUUAUACUAAUAACGGUAACAAUUAUAUUCAUAUUAGAAGAAUAAUCCAUCAAAUAGUAUUCUCAUAUAUAAUCAUCUCUCCAUCCACGUGUCAACUGAGAUACAAAGAGCAACGUAGAGUGUCUGAUCAGUCGCAGCAUCUUUGUAGAUUAGUUGCUUGUAGUGAAGAGACUUUUUUUUCUUCUUCAAAGAAGAGGAUCGGCUGAUGAACUUUUUCUUUUCUUCCUUUGAGGCUUCAGCUUUGAAAUAAUCUGGCGUCGAGGCCGUUGUCUUGUAAUUCUGUUGACAUUGUUAUGAAACAACAACAACAAGCAGGCCUGGCCUCGUUGCAGCCUGCAACAAGACACAAAAGACUCACAUUCGACAAGUGGGCCCGUAAUCUGAGAAAUGUCCAAAAGCAAGACUCCACUUUAUGCAAAUUUAACUUCUGUCUACUAACCCGUCACGGGGGGGACAUUUUAUGCAACAUCUCAUUGAUUUAUUGCCUGCUUGGUUAUAUUCGAAUAUAUAUUGAAACAAAAAAUCUGCAUUAAAUAUUAAUCCUGCAUGCUGGACAUGUACGGUAAUAAUUUCUAUUUUGUACUUUCAUCUUCUCGUGUAUAUUAAGAGCAUGUUGUUGAUCUGCGCUUCUCCAUAGUUUUUGGGGGGUUAGAGAAGAACAGCAGGACUGCCGGUGCAGUAUCAUAUGGUGUGGGUUUCUUUGGGCUUGUAAAUAUUAUGCAACCGCAAAACUGCACAACAAGAUUGAGGAGGCUGGUUUUAACUUCUUUCUUUCUUUGUGUUGUGUUUUGAUUUCAUUUAUUUUGUAUGAUUUUUUUAAAAACAUGUUGGGGUAUUGAUUGAGAGAGGAGUGCAUUUUUUCUGUUGCAUUUAAAUACAACAAACUUUGUGUGUCAAGUGCACUUUUGGAUGAUGAUUUUGCAAGUUUUCAUUUUGAAGUUUGUGCACACCUCCCUCCAGGAAGACAUACUAUGAUACUAUAUUGUGAUAUUAUUAUGUGCAAAGUUUUAGAGUGAUAUUUGGGCACAUGGAGACAAACAUGUGGCCACAAUAUUAUUGGACCAGAUUGCACACAAUAGGCGCAUUAAGACGAGGUUACAAGUUUUCUAUAUGCUGUUGAGCACACACACACACACAUUGUGGGUUAAUGCUCUCUGUCCUUAUAAUCCAACGUGGCUUUUGUGCCACUAAUUCAGAAAAGUGCUGCCUUUCUAUUAACUCUUUAACAAACCGCAUCAAACUCAAACAAAAGCUCUCAUUCCGAUUGGCGGCCACCUGUAGCAUAUUGAUAUCAAUGAUUUAUAUUUUUAACAAUAUAAAGAAACAACAACUUGUCAGGGGUUUUAUGUAGAGUUAAUAUUUAAAUAGCGCGAGCAUUUUAAUACAAAGUUUGACUAUUAAUGUUCUAUGUUUUCCUGAUUUUUUUUCUGCCGGUCAGUAAAAAAGGGGAUUCAGGUUGUACAAAUUCUCAAAAUGAAAACAAUGUUUAUGUUAUGUAAUACGUAUUUUUGUCUGUUUUAUUAUUAUUUGAUGAUUCUGGUUCUGGUGGCCAGAUGCAUAGUCAAAGUUUUUAUUUUAAUGAUUUAAAUUAACAAACUGUCAGAUCAUAUCGAAUAAGCAUGGUGCUUGCAUUUGAAAACUAUUGUUGAAAAGUCAUGCAUUUAACAAUCUUUGGUUUGUUUCUGAUUCAACUGUGUUGAAAUCGAACUGAAACUGCAGCAGCGGGUUGUUGUUUGUUUUCACAUAUUCCAUGUACUUUGCGAUGAUGGGGAUCAAUUUUCAAUCCUGUUUAUAUAAAUAAUAGUUAAACACUUAAAUUUGAACUGUUCCAUUCAGGCUGGUUUCUGUUUUGUCUUAUUUUUGGUUGUUUUUGGAAGAAAUUGUUUCCUAUUUUGCUUAUUAAAGUCAUUGAAAUGGCAAUAA